AUUGGCUGCGGACUCGUACUCGACUUGUAGCCUACAUGGUCAGGUUAGCUACAGUUUCACUAUGAGUGGUAUUUCACAGGCGUACUCUGUUGUCUGCACAGAGCACAAACUGCAAACAAAUCCAUACAUAUUAGACGUUUUGCAAGAGACGGAAGGAAGAAUUGGAAAUCUAACCAUCAAAUUGACGGGAAACGACCGCCUGAGACGGGUUCAGAAAUUGACUGACAAUGACGCCCUGGCUCUUUCAAGAGCUCUCCGAAACAACCAGUCAGUGACAGGUCUGGAUGUCCGGUACAACAGCCUCACAGAUGAAGGUGCAAGGCAUCUUGCUGACCUCCUACAGGAGAAUGCAGCCCUGCAAUGCCUGGACUUGAUGUGUAAUGACAUACAAGCGGACGGAGCUCAGCUCAUUGCCAAGAGUCUACUGCAUAAUGGUGCGCUGGUGUCCUUGAGGCUGACUGGGAAUAAGAUAGGGAACAAAGGAGCCAUGCACUUUGCCAGCAUGCUGCAGGUCAACACUACCCUACAGGAGCUGGACGUAGCUGACUGUGACCUGGGAACUCAAAGUGUAAUAGCAUUUGCCAUUAUGCUGAACAACAACAAGAGCCUUUGUUCUGUCAACGUCAGCCGACCCCUGCUUUUCAGUCAGCAGGACGAGACAGCGGUGCACAUGUCCCGCAUGCUGGUGGUCAACCAGACCCUCCGGGAGCUCCACCUGGGGAAGAUGGGAAUGUCUGACUUUGGUGUGGAGAGGCUGGCAGAGGCCCUUGGGACUAACCACAGCCUACGAUACCUGGACCUGCGCUGUAACCGUGUGAGCCGUGACGGGGCGAAGUGUCUCGCCGAGCUUCUGAAGCGGAACGCUACUUUGGAGAUCCUCGAUCUGUCCUCCAAUCGUAUCGAAGAUGACGGAGCCCUGUACCUGAGCGAGGCUGUGGCUCUGCCCGGCUGCAGCCUGAGAGCGCUGUCCGUUCCCAGUAACAACAUUGGCAGUGAGGGUCUUGUGGCUCUGGCUCGUGCCAUGCAGAGCAGUAGCACCCUCACACACAUCUAUAUCUGGGGCAACCGCUUAUACCAGCCUGUCUGUCAGGCGUUCAACAGUCUGAUAGCCAGUGGACGCUUACCGGCGGCCCACACCGAUGUGAGCGUGUACGAGGUGGACGGGCGGCUGUGUCUGGCUGAGGUUUUCCACGGUCUGAGGAGACACUACUACUGGACGCCCAGCUACGGCCUGGACGGAGACCCGGCCAGCAACUCUGCCCUCGCUCUCACAGGAGGAACAAGCCCUGACCCAGCCACGAACCUGGCCCUUCCACGCUCCGACGUCCAGCCAGCGCCCCCCUUGGCCCCCCAGCUUGUACUGAGUCCUAACACCUUGUGACACAACUUUUUCAACACAGGUUUUAUUUGUAUAAACGGUUAGAGGAGCCAAUACGUUACGACACCAGAACCCUCAGCUUAUCACGUGACUCAGUUAUUUCUGUAAAAUUCAGAUGGAUCAGAAACAUGUUUUAUUCAGUAACGAUUCACUGCAUUCACUAAUCUUCACUGCAAUGUGGUCAUAACACCACUAAAAUGUCAGCACCAGAACGAUAAUCCAUCAGAUUGGAAUUUAAUUUUUGAAAUGCAUCAGGUUUUUUUUUUUUAUCAAAAUGUGGGAUUUCUAGAGUGUUUUAAUAAGAAGGAAAUGAAUGUGGCCAUAUCUGAAAGUGACCAUUACAAAUGAAAAACA